UUAAAGGACCAUUGGAGCUGGUGUAUGUAUGAUGCUAAGACUGGGACUUCUUUUCUUAGCAGUCUGUACAGCAAACGGUUUACGGACUGUCUUGCUUCAGGUUUUCUGAACAAAGAAAUGACUUUUGGAUUACAUUUGAGCAUUCUAUUGCUCUCUCUGACAACCUUUGGGCAGCUUGCAGCAGGAAAUGUCUUAAGAUAUGCAAGUAGAAAUCUUGGCCCUUCAACUCGAGCUGAGACUCUGCGCCGUUCUUACCGACCUGUUCCCUCCAGUUAUCAAGGCUCUCUACUGCCACGAAGUUCUGUGUCUACCUCAACUUUCCUUGGAGAUUUAUCAACUGAGGCUUCCAAACUAUGGGGCUCAGUUCCUAGCCAAGGUCAAAGGGGUUAUGGCAGGCAAGUAAGUAGUUACAGUCAACCAGGAAGUGUAUCUAGCUACAGACCUGCCUCAGCUCUGACUUGGCAGCAACAGCCAGGUGGCCUGCUCCAUAGAGGUCCAGGAAUGAGGGAACCUUCAUCUCAAGGGGAGAGGCGCUAUGGCUCUAAUGUUGUCUCCAGUGGUGCCAUUGAGAUUCAUGCACCACCUCGACUGCAGCCCAGUUCACCUGCCACUGGCAUACAGUUGACUUCAGAAUCUGCUUCCCAACCAUCCAAUCAACAUCCUGCAUUCUCCUUACCUGCUGUACUCCAGACCAAAGCAGGCAUGUGGCACACUGUCAAUCUUCCAAGCGCUAGGUCAGAAUCCACUGCUAGACGACGCCAACACUCUUUGUCGGUGCCUGCUACGCUGAAAACCAAUCCUAGUCAGUUGGGCAUCUAUACUUCUAGUGUAUGGGCUCCAGAGUCAACUGCCCAGCGACACCAAAAGGCCUCAGCUGUACUGCAGACCAAGAAUGUGUGGGGUAGUGCGCUUUCCUCUGACUCCAAUCGAGUCAGUGCCAACUUCAGGAGUUCUAGACCACUCUCACCUGGAAACCAUCCUAGAGGGCUGCAAUCAGGCUACCAUGCCACCCGGCAGCAGACAAGGUUGCUGGGCUCUCUGGUCUCCAGUGUACCUCAGAACAAGGAUAUUUUGCAAGAUGCCAGUGGAAAUUCAUAAAUGAAGCCUGAGUCAAGAAGCUCUACAGUAGAUCAGUUAAUGUGGAAGUUAACUACAACUGUCAAACAGAAAUGGGCUCUGAGAUCUUAAUUGUAAGUCACUAUCAUUUUGAUGUUACACACUUGCGCAAUGUCUAUAAAUGCUCCGUUUCUGUGCUCAGGUUUCCAAUCCUCUGGUCCUUUGUGGAUUCAUACUGAAAUAAACUGCUUGAAACUGU